CUCAACACACUAAUUGGAGUUCACUCGAGUUGCCAAAACACUGAUUAUUUCCGCAGCCCUUGGACCGUUUACUAUAUCUAGUCAUUUUUAAUCAAACUGACAGUAAAAUAAGUCAUUAACCACGCAAUAUUUAACAAUAUAACUAAAUAUAAAUAUUCAUAACAGUGGGAAGCUAGAAUGAAAUUACUAAAACCACAGAUCACAGAGUAACCUCUGUGAUCUGUAAAUAAAAUUACAUAACCUCGUUUAGAAUUCUGUUUAUGUUUGUGAUGUGAAUUCAUCUAGUUAGAAUGCAAGCAACUAGUUUCAGAGAGUUCGAAGCCUUUCUGCUAUUGUGCAACAAAAUAUGCAAAAACCCUUGCGAUGAGCAUGCGAUGAAAGAACUGCAUAAAACCAUUCAAAGAUCGCCCGCUUCGUUGGUUCGAGGUGCCCAAAAAUUGUUGAUACCUUGUUUCUAUUCAUGCAUCCAAAACAUUUCCACGAUCGGUUCAAGGCAGAAGGAGCAGCUAGUUGGAGCUUUAAAGCUAAUUUUCGAGAAAUAUACCAUAGAGGAAAUUAACAUGUUUUUCAACUUCUACACGUUCCUGUUGCUGGAGUUGUAUGAUUAUGGGACACAUGCAGUGAGUGAUAUCACUGAAGAGUACAAACUUGCGCUAUUGGAAUGCAUGAUAGCGCUCUUAAACAGUGUUUCCUUUGCAAGCGUUGAUCAACUGUAUGUAAAGGAACACAUCCCGAAAUUCUCACAGAUCACUUACGUUUGCAGUGAAUUAGCCAAGAAUGAAGGUGCCAGGAAUAUCAGGUCCACCGCUAUAACAUGCAUAAUGACUCUAGCGCGAGUAACCAAAAAGGAGGAUUUCGACGACAAAGUGCUAUGCAGCAAAGUUGCCGACAUAUUUAUGUUCUUCCUACCCGGCUUAUCGAGCAUGUUUGCCGAAAUUGCGGUCGCAGAUGCGAAAAUCGGCCAUGCCCUACUCAUGCACACAAUCCAAGCAUUUGGCCGAAUAAUCAAUCUGGUGAUGCAAAACUACAACCCGACAGACUGCGAAAUUGAUCUAGACCUAAACAUGUGCGCUUCUUCGGCCUACGUACCGCUAAGGAAAAUGCUGAAAAGCAAAGACGAUAUCGACCAAUAUGUUGGAAAAACAUCUAGGACCCGCAAGUGGUUUCAGGCUUCCGAUGGGAAGCUUAAUGAGGCUCUGAAGAAGAUGGGAAAGCUCACUUAUCAUGAACAUCCCAAGGUUCGGAACGAGCUGCUCAAAAUGGCUUCGAGUGUCGUUCAACUGUGCAGAGUAACCAUCCCCAAGUCAGUCUGCACUUUGAUCGAAUACCUAAUAAUCUUAUCGCAAGAUUCGGACCCAGAAGUGGCAAGCAAAGCCAAAGUAGUAAUUGUCGAAUUGUCGCAAGAACUGGCAAAUUGCAACUUCAAUCUAAUCGACAAUCUCAAAGAGGGUUUAUAUGUGGCCAUCAGCAGCUUACCGAGGAAGUUCAACAGUGUCGAUGAGGGCAAGAAAACGGCCGCAAUCAACCUGCUGAUGGGGUACAUUCAGCUGCUUGGCACGCACAACUUGGGCGACGUGCUCCUGGCUCCAAAUAUGCUGCGGAACCUCUUGCACGGCCUUCUUCAUGUGGCCGAAAUCGAAAAAUCCCAUAUCAGACUGUUUGAAGAAUACACCCUUAAAGACCUCGCUCCAGAAGGAGGCGCACAGCCCUCGUUCGUAAACUUCACGCAUUUCCAAGCCAAAACUGUUGAAAACAGCCUGGUUUUGUUGUGCAAAGAACUGACGAAAAACGGCUGUUUUGAGCUGGUCUACGACUCGUUGCUUGAGACUUAUAUGUAUGAUGUUGCCAGGAAAAAAGAAGCUUUGUAUUUGCUGAAUUUGCAUCUUUCAGGAUUGGAAGAAGCAGACUAUUCCGCUCAUAUGCCCAUAAUCAAAAACAUUCUCAAAAUCUACACAGAUGAACCCCUAAAUGAUCUGAGUGAAGCCUUGGACUCCUCAGAACAAUCAGUAGAACAGAUCCAAGAGAAUGUUCUGAUCAUACAUCUGAUCACUGAUGGCAUCGAACGAAUCAGCCACCUUUUAAAGCACGAUUUCCAGAAGCUUUUACUGAAAACUUUGUAUCUGGUGUUGGAAAAAGCCGGAAGUGGCCACCCUCUAAUAAGAACCUCCGGACUGAUGACCAUUCAAACUCUAACUAUUUCAUGUGGAUACAAAGACAUCACAGAUUUAGUGAAUGAGAACUUUGAUUUCUUAUCUUAUCAUGUGCAAAUGAGACUGAAUAAAGCCCAGGACAAGAACGGAGCUUUGAAUGUGCUUUCCGUUGUGCUGAAGCAUUGCGGCUCUGACGCUUUUCUGCCCAUGAAGGGCAUUGUAGAUGAGGUCUUGCUGGAAUCAUGCGAUCGAUACAAAGAAAAGCAUUCAACUGCGUACUUAAGAGUGUUCAAAAUGUUCAUCGACAGUAUCCGCAGGUGGUUCACAGUCGAGAUCCAGCACCCAGUUGUAAAAUCGCGCAAAGAAAAGGAACUGGAUCAAGAACCGUUCAAAGUCACGGGAAUUGAAAGAUGCGACGACUUCUCGGACGAAGCCUUUGAAGGAAAAACUGCCGAAGAAAUGUAUAGGGAAGACGAGGAAAGGAGGAGAAGCGAGCAGCAGCAACCAAGCGAGGAUGAAGAACCAGCACCAGAGGAACAAAAGAGGCCUUCGGCUCCAUUGCACGUGACUCUCACAGCCCAAAUACUGAAGCGCAGCCUUCAUUUCCUUUCGUCCAAGGAUCGCGCUAGAAAAUUGCUGGUUUUGAAAAUCCUGGAGACUGGCAUGGAGCUCCUGAGGGACUGGGACGACGAGCUGCUGCCAGUCGUCUACCAAACAUCUCUCCCGCUGUUGCAGCGGUUCAAAGAAGAAAAAGAUCCGCUGGUGUUGCAAUUCAGCAUGCGAUUACUGAACGCCAUGGCCAGACUAUCAAAGGACUUUAUCCGAAGAACUGUUCUAACAGAGGUGCUGCCUAAGUUGAAAAUUAUUCUGGGAAUGGCGUCGCAUUGCAGUUAUUUGAAAGACAAAGGAGCAGCGUAUCGCUACAGUCAAGACUACAAACUGCAACGGGAAAUUUUGCGUUCAAUCGGUCCGAUUCUUUACAAUGUGGAUGCUGAUGGUGCGGACAUAAGCGGCACAAUGCACUGCAUUCGCGUUUAUUUAUCCGACAAACAACCGCAAGAACUUCAGGCUGCUACGGUGGAUUUUAUAAAGAUGAUGGCAAAGUUUGAUGGGGAAACGAUCAAAAAUGACAUGGAUGCAUUGCUGAUUAACACUGCAACCGAAUAUCAGGCAAAUGUGGAUCGUUUGCGUCGGUUCUUGGAAGACUGAAUGCUUUUUGUUGAAGUCAAAUUUGAAAAUACAAUGAAACCUUUCAGUUUUUCAGGAGAUUUACAUCGAUUAAAUUUAAAUGAAUUGAAAUUAAAUUGGUGUUUUACUCA